UGGAGUGAUACACAAAAAUGAUUCAAAUUCGAUAAGUACUUUUGUGGCAUUGGUAUGAGUUGUAUGAUUAUAGACUCUGUCUGAGCAAUAUUCUGUAGCCACUGAAUUCCCGAUGGAUAGAAGCCUGUGUAAAGCUGUUAAAGAGGGAAACUGUGAGAAAGUGAGAGAGUUAGCCCGGAAUAAUCCUCAGAUUCUCAAAACGGUUACUCCUCUGGGAAAUACAGCUCUCCAUGUAGCAGCCAGUCGAAAGGAUCAUAAGCUUGCUGAACUGCUGCUUUCGUUGAAACCAUGCAUCAUAUUAAUGAGGAACGUAAAUCAAGAGACAGCGCUGCAUAAAGCGGCCGCAGCGGGAUGUUUGGAAGUUGUUCAGCUUCUCCUCGACUUUAAGAAUGGAGUGCGCUGUAAUUCUUCAGAAUGCGCUCAUCCGGACGGAUAUGAUUUAGAAGGCUGUCGUUUAGAUCCCAAUGAUCUCUGGAGAGCUCCAAAUCUUGACAAUGAAACAGCCCUCCACUACGCAGCAAGAGGUGAUUAUCCGGAGAUUGCGAGCGCGCUAUUGAAAAAAGUGAAGGAUAUUGAAUUAAUUCUGAACAAAGCUGGCGAGUCUGCACUCUAUACAGCAUGUGAAGGUGGCUCUUGGCGCGCGGCAGUGAAGCUGGGAGAGAGAGAUUCUAUCUCCGACACGAGGCAAGAUAAACAAACUUGCCUUCAUCAACUCUUAACUAUUGACGGCCAUUGUUAUACUGAUAUAGCCCUGUACUUGCUCGGAAAGAGACCCGCUCUGGCCGAAAAGGCUGACGCUGCAGGCAACUUUCCAUUGCACUUAGCGUCAAUAAGAGGCAAUAGAAGAAUCGUAGAGGAGUUACUAAAAAGAAGUCCAGAUACGGCUCUGCAAAAGAACAAGGAUGGGAUGGCUGCAAUUCAUUAUGCAGCGCGCAAAGGUCACGAGGAUAUAGUAAGUUGCUUGAUCGAUUAUGUACCAGAUUGUACGGAAGUUCUUGGGAAGGACAACAAGAAUGCCCUUCAUUUUGCUUUGGAAUAUGGCCGAAUUUCAGCGGCGAAAACUCUGCUGUCGGAGUCGAUGGACCCUUCGUUUUUAAUCAACCACGCUGACAGGGAUGGCCAGACGGCUCUUCACAAAGUAGUAGAGGAUCCUGAGUUGGCUUCCGAGAUGUUAUCUCCAAUGCUUAAAAUAUCUCGGUGGAAUGUAAAUGCAGCAGAUAACAACGGUCUUGCUACGCUGGAUGUUGCGGAAGCCAAGAUUAUGACCGUGAUGAAGUCGUCUUACAGGAAGCAACUGAGAAAAUGUGGCGCCCACAGAAAAGAGGGGAUAAGUUUGAAGCGCCAAAGAUCCAGAUCCUCACCGUUGCUGGAGAGAUCCCCCCAAAAGGAUGGUAAGGUUAAAAAAGACGACGGAGACAACCUGUCAGUAAUUGCGACCCUCGUUUUUACGGUAACAUUUGCGGCCGCCUUGACGGUUCCAGGUGGAUUUCGGACCGAUAACGGCGUUCCUGUGUGGAUGCAUGCCACCGCAUUCCAAUGCUUUAUCGUAAGCGAUACACUAGCUUUCUGCCUUUCCAUCCUAGCGAUGUUUAUCUUAACCAUUAAGAGUAGGGAUAAGCAAGAGGUCUCUGUGAGGAUACAUGGUUUCAUCCUGUUCAGGGCAAAAUAUUAUAGAGGUUAUCUAUAUUUCCUUUUUGGUAACAUAGGGUGUCGUUUUAACGGGCAACAUAUGGUAUCCAAUGCAAUCAACGCAACACUAGUCGCAUUCAUCACUGGUGUGUAUGUUACGGUGGCACCCAAGUAUUUGUGGUUAGCGCUUACGGUCUGUACAAUGGGAGUCUUCACCGUUUUCAUAUAUUUCCUCAUGUUGGCCGCUACCCCCACGAUCAAUAGAAAAUUUUGAGAGCUUGGAGUUGCAUAAAACGAACUGUUUUUGGGAAGGUAUUUAAUUGUCUUACCAAAGAAGCAUAUAUAUAUCUUAAAUUUUUAUAGGAUUUGAACUUGUUAGCUCUUAAUUAUACUACAAAAGAAGCAUACAUAUCUUAACUCUUUGUGGGAUUUGAACUUGUUACCUCUCUUUCAAGAGCACAAGUUCUCCAUGAUGAAGCCAAUUUAGGCUUAUAUUAUACACUAUAUGCAAUACCGCUUU